UGUCAAAAUAAUCACAUCACCAGUCAUGUUCAGAAUUGUUAUUCCAAAGUUUUAGGUUAUGUGUCAAAUGUUUGGAUUUUGAGUUAGCCAAGAUUUGGAAGUCGAUAAAAAAACAACAAUUUUGAAAAACUUUAUUUGACAUAAAAUAUAUUACUAUGGCACUUUCAUUCAACGCUCGUUCAUUAUUUAGAAGACUAGUGUUGUCUGACUUUAGGACCAAUAUUCGGUUUUAUUCAGACCAAACAGAGGAGACUACUGAAGAGCAGAAAGAAGUUGAUCCAACUAAGGAUAGAACAAAAAUAAUACCCGUUGAAACUAGCAUUAAAUACAUGCAGAGUAAGGCUUAUCAGGAAGCUUAUGGAGACAAAGCCAUUUGGGUAUUGUACCGACGUAACCACAUCGGUGGUUUUGCUCCACGUAAAACCAGAAAAACUUGUGUCAGAAACGGAAUAAUAUCUACUGGUAAUCCUUGCCCUAUUUGCCGAGAUGAAUAUUUAGUUUUGGAUCACAGGAAUACAAAACUUCUGGAACAAUUUAUAUCGGAACACACUGGACAGAUAUUAGAUGCAUUUAAAACAGGUCUUUGUCAGAAGAAACACAAGGAGUUAUUGGUUGCUAUAGAGAGGGCCUGGGACCAGGGCUAUCUCACGUAUGAUGUCCCAUUCAGGGAGUAUGAUUACUCUUUAUAUAAUAAAACUGCAAAUACUGUUUAAAUACCUGUGUAAUAAUAUAUUAGCUUAAAUAAAAAUAGAACAUAUAGUUGAA